UCUAGUAACCAUGUCGGGAAAUUGUUUUUCUACCAUUGUAAAUGCAAUGAAGUUCAAGGACGAAGUUCUGAUAACGAGCAGCAAGAAUUUGAUAGCCAUCAUUCUAUUAACUGCCUCAUCUCUCGCGUUCAUUCAGCGUCAUGGGAAAAUAAGAGCAUCAUUACGUUCGCUAGCUGCUAAAAUUUUCAAGUAUCAGGAUCAAGGUGCUACAACAACGACAGAAAAGCUCGAGGAAGAAGGUGGCCUAGAACUCGAUUGCGUUGUAUGCCUGAGCCAAGUGUCUCAGGGUGAUAAUUACAAGAUCCUUCCAACAUGCAAGCAUGGAUUUCAUGUUAAUUGUAUAGAUGCUUGGCUGCAGAGACAUUCUACUUGUCCCCUUUGUAGAUGUCCAGUUCCUCGUACUCCCAUCCAGUAUUGCUCCAUUAGUACUCAGGAUCCAGAUUUUGAUGCUUUGAUCUCUUAUAUUCUUCGUUUGUUGGAUCAUGUUCGGACAUGGCUGAUGGACCCACUCAAUGCUUUGAGCGAGGACUGUCUUCGCUUUCCUUGAAGACGAAGACGACAAAGACCCAAUUUUCUAGGGA